CUCGUCCUUGCCAAACAGCGCUUUCUUUUUAUUCGUCCCGCUGCCAGAGUAGAAAUCCAUCGAAACCAAAUCGAAUAACUCCUUGAGGCUGCGAUUUGACACAACAUGCCUCCUAAGCGCGCCGUGAACCGGCGUGAUGGCCCAGUAGCGCGCUCCAACGACAAUGGAACCCGUUCAUAUCUCGCGGAGAUCUCCGGCCCACAAGCCACGAAUCCAAACCUGCCAAACAUUCCGGCGAAACCUUCCUGGGGUUACGGGUCGUCGACAGCGCCGGUCUUCCCUCGCCAACUGUCGAUAAAGUCGGGGAUGAACGUGGAUGAUAUGGCGGAAAGCAUCGAAUCUGGGGUGAAGAGCGCGCAGGAUCGCGAUGAGAACGGUCAAGAAAACCCCCCGAAAGCAAACCCGAAGCCUCGUGCAAAUUCGCGACAAACAAGACGAUCGGUCUCCGCCAGUAUUUCUCCAGCACGUCGUCGGAGAAGACGCGAGCCGACUCCCGAUCAGGUGCAGUUGCUUGGUACGCUGAGAGAAUCUACGGUCUCCCCGAACCCCCGCGCGGGAGAUGGCCUGUCGACCGCGACGCCAUCUCCUCCCGUUCCACACGCCAUCUCGACAGAAUCAAGUCCUCCCCCUGUCCCUCCAUAUCCGACUUUACCAUCAGCCGAGCCUCUGUAUCCCUCUCCGCUUCUUCGACUCGAUUCUACAGCCCGCCAAGGAGCCCCGCGUGGAGGUUCACCCCAGCAAGAAGACAAUCUUGACAACGAGUCCGUUAUUUCGUGGAACGUUGAACGCGAUAUUCACGAAGAUGAUUUACAACGAACCCGCCCCGCUAGGUUUCGCGAAGAGCGACAGGGCAAGAACCUUACGGCGCCGCCUCGACGGUUCUCGGGUCUUGCCUUCCCCAACGAAACUAUCCAGGAGGAAGAUGAGCCCGAGUCUGAGGGAUCUGUCAAGAAUUCGCCUACACCUGAGCCGGCACUAGAACCUCAGGAUCAAAGUGAUACCCAGCCUAGGGCUCUGUCAGAGCCUCAACCAGAUCCCGAGCCCGCGCUCGCCCCCGAGCCCACCCCCGAGCCCGAGCCGUCCACGGCCCCUACGAGGACAAUUAUACCUAGAAUGAAUCUGCACGAAACCUCGUCUUCUGGAGUUAGCCCGCCGUCUCCAGUGCAAUCCGUCAAGGCCGCAGUCAAAUCCGGGGUACAAUCCAUUCCCACGCCGUCCUUUUCUUUCCGCCAGAGCCAAGUGACUAGGAUAGCUGCCAUUCUCAUUCUGACCAUACUGUCUAUACUCACGGUCUUUACUUUCAGUGAAAAUUUGGCCAAUAUAUCCAGCGGCAUUAGGUCACGUCUCCCAUUCGGCAGACAGUCGCCUUACAUUCCAUUGAACGGCACCGCCAUGGAUGCUAUUCACAGUCUCAGCAAACAUGUGGCAAGGAUAGACACGCGUGUCUCGUCACUAUCUGGGGAGGUGGCUACUGUCAGGUCGGAGGUUGAGAAUAUGCCACCCCCAACGACUGUGGUAGAGCCUGUGCCAGUUUGGAAAGCAACGCCCACGCCAAAGAUCAAUUUCCUCGCGCAAAGCAUGGACGUCAAAAUCGAUCCUCAAAAAACCAGCCCAACUGUCGGUCUGCCGUCCAACUUUUUCGAGCGUGCUACUCAUCGUCUAAUGGAACCCGCCACGAGCUUGGUUAGGUGGGUCCUUUCCUUCCCAGAGCCAUUGGGACCUCUCGCGGCUUUGACGCAUUGGGAAGAUGCGGGAGAUUGCUGGUGUAGUACCCCGGAUUCUGGCGUGUCGCAAUUGUCUGUGAUACUAGGCUUGCCGAUCACACCAGAAGACGUUGCCGUGGAGCACAUUUCAAAAGGUGCCACCGCCGAUCCCGGAUCAGCACCCAAAGAAAUGGAGUUAUGGGCUCAUUACGUUGUGAGGAAUGAAGAUUCCGCCACCAAACGAUCUUGGGUGCCAUCUUUCCUCUCGUCCUCAGAGGGAUCCUCUAAGCGAUCUGAGUCUACAGGAUUCUCGGAUCAGUUUUUGCCACGCGAGAAGAUCAUGGAAGCCCUCCACAUUGCCUAUCGCGGUGAACCCGAUGCUUCUUUCUCGGAUGACGAGCUCUUGGGUCCUACCUUCUACCGCAUUGGGCGGUGGAUGUAUGAUAUUAAUAGCCCGGAACUUGUCCAAGAUUCUAGCCUAGCAGCUGUUAUCGAUUCGCCUGACAUCAAGGUGGACCACGUGGUAUUUCGGGUCAAGUCUAACUGGGGCUCUGAUUCUACCUGCAUGUAUCGAUUGAAGUUAUACGGGCAUCUAUGAAGAAGCUUGAUUUGUUUUG